AUGACCAAAUCUUCAUCCAAAGAGAAGUCUACUCAUCACAAUCGCCAUCAUCAUCAUCGCCACCACCAUCACCAUCGACGCGGAUCAAAGGCACGCGAUCACAGUCGUACUAGGAGCCGCAGUAAAGAUCAAAGAAACAGCCCGCAAAACACAACUAUUUUAUCCAGACGUGAUCAUCGUGACCGAUCACCACCUCGAUCUCUUCGAAAUGACCGUACUCGUGAUGAUGCGAAAUCCAGCAGGCCAGAUAAGAAGAUAAAAGCUUCUACCUCCACACCCAGCAAUAAUGGUCGGCAUCUGGUAAAUGCUAGUUUAUUAGGCAGUAGCAGCGAAAAUGCAUCAGCAAUUGGGCGAAGACGCUCAACUCAUCGUGAGUCUAAACGCCUUACCGAUGGACUAGUUGCAGUUAGCUCUGACGAAGAGGACUACGAACUGGGUUCCUCAGCAUGGGACGAGGAUGAAGGGGAGGAAGCAGAAAGACUCGCUUCUGGGGAAGCACGGGAUCUUGAGGAGGAUGAGGAGGGAGAGGAAGACGACGAUGUUGAAAGGAUAAUGCUUAUGUCAGGCGGUGGGUCGGUUUCCUCAACCUAUCAUCAUCGUCACGAUACUUUAAAGGGAUCAAGAGAUACUGGUGAGAUCGAGGAAGAAGAGAUGCUCAGUGAUACAGACUCACGAUCAACUCCCACUUCCAAAGGAUCCGCUAUUCCGGGUCAGGGUGUGACUGAAACGGGUUGA